CAUUGAGGGAGAGUAAACAGGCAUCUCCACAGUGUUUCAAAAACCCUCGCCUAGCUAACGUUCCCUCUCUCCUCUCAAGUAAUCGGCGCCAUUAACGCUCCGAAGUUCAGCUCUAAUUCCCGGCAAUGUUUUAGGGUUCCGGCGACAUAUCUUAAAAAGCACGGUCUCCCCCCAGUUUCUCGAGUGCGGACAACCCCCGACAUAGACGCAGAGGGUCGCCGUCCAUGAUCCAGGUCCAGCAUCCUGCCGGCGGCGAGCUCCCCUCCGACCGCGCAUCCGGAAUUUUUGGCGACUUCACUGUCCACUCCAAUCCUCAUCUUUAUCUUACAUCUUCCUCUAAAAAGGGAGCAUUAGAACAUUUGGCCUCAAUAUAUCCACUGGAACUAUGUGAUGAAGCAAAAAUUGAGCAUUGCCGAGCAACGAGAGAUCUGAGAAGCUGUGGGCGUCAUGUGCGCAGUGUGUUAAGCUCAUGUAAGCAUGCAUCUUUAUGUGAGGAAUGCAGCCAGAGGUGCGAUGUUUGCCCAAUUUGCAGGGUUUCUUUGCCAAAAGACGGGAACAGACUUCAGCUUCGUCUCUAUUAUGAGUGCAUGGAGGCUGGUCUUAUCUCAAGUAGGUGUGAUGACAAGCGAUUGGAGAAGGAAGACAACGAGAAACAGCUAACUGCUGAUAUUCAGCGGCUUUAUUCCUUGUUUGAUGUUGCACUGCAGAACAACUUGGUUUCAUUAAUAUGCCACUAUGUUACAGAUGUCUGUAUGGACGAGAGUGCAGUAUCUAGUGAUCCAGUAAUUGCCUUUUUGCUUGAUGAAGUGGUUGUUAAAGAUUGGUGCAAGAGGACAUUCAGAAACAUCCUGAAUGAAACUCAAGUGAUAUAUAAUCUCUCAUUGCAAGGAAUGGAAGAAAGCUUAAGCUCACUUCUAAAGCUGUCUGUGAAUCUAGCUGGCUUGUCCAAUGUUAUUGAUGUUUUGGAAUUAUCAUUCAAACACUCUAUUUCAGCAAAGCUACAUGAUCUACAUCAUCUUCAAGAGCACAUACUGAAAACUAAGCAGCACAUGGAGACGAUGGUUUGGUGUAUAAGACAUAAGUUUCUGGAGAGUGUGAGUUCUCGUUUCAAUGGAAAAUUUGCAUCAUGGGUUAGUCUUGUUCGUGAAAGAAAAACUGCUGCAAUCAAACGUGCCUGGCCAGAUCCUGCAAGCCAGUCUGAAGAAUCAAGUCGGCGCGCAACACUUUUUAUUGAAGAUGCACUUGCAAAUCUUGAAUCAGAGCUAUAUACUGAUGAUUGGCAGGAGGAAUAUGAUAUUUCAUGCCUGCAAAAAGAAGAAAGGUCUUCUUCAUUUUUACGGUCAAGAAUAGGGGGAAUGGCUGGCAGUUACCCAUUUGAAAAUCUGCGUGCUGCUACUGAUAUUCUCUUUUUACAUGGAAGUUCUGAUUUAGUGGUUGCAAAACAGGCAAUUUUUUUGUAUUAUAUUUUUGACCGACAGUGGACUGUUCCUGAUGAGAAAUGGAGAGACAUUGUUGAUGACUUUGCUGCCACAUUUUGUGUGUCAAGGCACUCCAUAUUGGAAUGCUGUGUAUAUUUUUUGUUGGAUGACCACACCGAUCAGUGUUUGCAGGAAGCUUGCCGCCUUCUCCCAGAAAUCUCAAGUCCCACUAUUCAUCCUAAAGUUGCACAAGUUCUUUUAGAGAGGCAAAAUCCUGAUGCGGCUCUUAUGGUUCUGAGAUGUUCAGGACGAGAUGGAGCGCAGUUGGUUUCACUCGGAGAGGCUGUCACUGCAGUUCGGGUACUAGUGGAGUGUGGACUUCUAUCUGAAGCAUUCAUGUUUCAGAGAAUGAUUUGUGCUAAGGUGAAGGAAAAGAAGCCACGAGGUGAAGCAUUUAAUGAUACUUUGAAGGAAAUAGAUGGUGAAAACUAUUCCUGGGAUCUGUGGGUGGACACUUUAGUCUCUGAAAUUUGUUGCCUUUGCAUAAGGAGAAAUUUUGUUGAUCGCAUCAUAGAAUUUCCAUGGAACUCUGACGAGGAAAGAUAUCUUCAUAAAUGCCUCUUGGAUUUUUCCACAGAAGACCCUUCAACAAUUACAGGAAGUCUACUUGUUGUUUUCUAUUUACAGCGUUAUAGGUAUGUCGAGGCAUAUGAAAUUGAUCGCAAGCUUCGAAGCAUGGAGGAGAGCUUUAUUUCACAAAAUUCUGUCGGUGAAGCUGUGUUAGGCAAGAUAAAGUCAGUAAAUCAUUGGAGAACAGGCUUGGUUGGCAAAGGUAUGGAGCUGCUGCCUGAUAUCAUUCAGCAUCAAAUAAAGGCUGGAAAGUUGGCUGAGGCUAUUCCAAAAAAGGAAAAUGAGAGUUCACCCAAACCAGAUGUCCAUCUUACACAAGGGUCUGUUCUAUCCAGUUUAUUGACACGUCCUCUUCCUGACCGAGCAGACAAUGCAGAUAUUUCCCAUAAACCUUCAUUUCUCAAAUCUCCAACAAAAUAUGGACUGUCUAACCUUCCAAUCUUCCAAGUAGGGAGCCAUGCCUCUCCUAACCCACAUGCUCAUUUAUUUAUUAACUCUCCAACUACAGAACAACGUUCAUCAAGAGUAUCUCGAAGUAGCCACCUUCAGAAUCACCAAAUCAGUAAAGUCUCAAUUGAGAGAAUUCCGAAGGGUUUCCUCAAUGGAUCCAUAAUAUCUAACAAACACAGCCCACUCACAGGUUCUAUUGAGAAUUCAAGCCUGAAAGUUCCUGCUAAGCAUUUGCUUCCAGACACAGAUAGAUCAUGGAUGCCUCCAAAUGACUCUAUGGACUUAUCGUGGAGCAACCAAGAAGAGAGGGACAAGAAUGCAAAUUCGAGAUCCAGGUGGAGGUCUGAUGACACUAGUGAAGAAGAAGAAGAUUACUCAACGCCAGACAGACUUACGGGAUUUGCAUCUCACACUACGAAGACAAGUGGUCGAAGAAGAGGGAGAUUUUCUAGGAGAUGAAAGCCUCUUCAUUUCAUGCCAUUAUUUUUGCUAAAUUAAAAAGGUACCCCUCAUGUUUAAGCCAAGGCAUAGAAUUGGUGAAUUUCUGCUUUUACCUUUUCCAUUCGAGUUCACCGCCUCUUCCUUUGGAGUUCUUUUUGUUUUCCUCAAUUCGAAUCGUACUUGUUUUAACACCGAUGUAACAAAGCCUUGAAAGAGCAUUUUGAGAAUUCGAGCCCCUGGGAUACAUAUACAUGUGUGUGUGUGUGUGUGUGUGUGUGUGCACACACACACAGGAUAGAAGUAUUUGUGUUUGUACUUGAUAGCAGUAAGGUUGAGAGGCAAGAUGGCACAUGCUAUCUUUCUUUUUAAUUUCUCUGAGAUGUUUUUGAGGCACUUUUUGACUAAAUUCUGUAGAUAGUUUCAGUGCGGAUUUGUUUUUUUGUGAAAUCCUAAGAAUUUGGUCAUGUUUCAAAGAUUCUUUGGCCUUUCUUGACAAUAAGAUGUUUGUAUUGCU